AUGAAGGCAGAAAACAACAUCAAGCUGAGUUAGCAAAGCAAAAACAAGCCGAUGGCUUGGCUUGCUAUAUUCAACAAGAAGAUAGUACUAUAAAAAGUUCUGAUACAACAAAAGAUGUUCAGAAGACAAUUGAAAAUGGUUAUAAUUGCCUACGGAUAAAUUUUUUAAGACCAAAAGAAGUUACUAGAGAAGAGUUAUUUGAUGAUUCAACUAUGUGGCACAUAGGUUCAUUAAAAUUUAAAAGUAUGGAUGAUGAAAUGAGCAAAUUACAUGAUAAGAUAAAUGCCCUCAAAAAAAGGUAUAUAAAAUAA